CUCAGAUCUUGCUCCCCGUGUUCAAAGUUAAUCUCUCGAAAUCGAUUGCUGGACGCUGAGCGCAGCGUAUGUGUGGGUGUCUCCGCCCUUGAACACUUUUGUGUAUGCGCACCGGGUAUUUGUGUGCGCUGUUUAUACCACCACCAGCUUGAUCGUCAAACAGCGUCCGCUAAUCAGACUUUGGCGUAGCUGCCCAAGUGUCAGUACCAGGGUGGAGGUACGAUGGACAUUGCAGAGCUGCAUGGCAUCCUGCAGCUGUGCCUGAGUGGUGAUUUGGCGCAGCGGAAAGCGGGCGAAGAGCGCCUCAAGGAGUUCCAGUAUGGCCCUGGCCACCUGGUCCUCCUGCUGCAGACGAUUGUUCAGGAGUCUGUCGACCUCGCGAUCCGCCAGGUGGCGUCGAUCCAUUUCAAGAACCUUGUGGGCAAAGAGUGGGAGGUCGAUGAUGGCGAGCAGGAAAAGUUCUCGGAGCAGGAUAAGAAGAUUGUGCGGGACAACCUGCUGGAGGCGAUCAUUCAGGCGCCGCACAUCAUCAGGACGCAGCUGGGCGAGUGUAUGAAGAGCAUUGUGCACGCGGACUACCCGCAGCGUUGGCCGCAGCUGGUGCCCCUUUUGGAUAGCAACAUGAAGGCAGGCGCGGCACACCCGCAGCGCCUCUACGGGGCCCUCUACACGCUGCGCAUCCUGGCCCGCAAAUACGAGUUCCGGGACGAGGACGAGCGCGCGCCGCUGGUGGCGGUUGUUGCGGAGGUGUUCCCGUACCUGCUGUCCAUCUUCCAGGGCCUCCUCGCGGUGCCGUCCCCCCCCAUCGAGGUCGCCGAGCUGCUCAAGCUGCUCUGCAAGAUCUUCUGGUCCACGAACUAUCUGGAGAUCGCUCAGCCGCUGCUCGACACGCCAACGUUCACGGCGUGGAUGACGUGCUUCCACAGCCUGAUCGAGCGGCCGGUGCCGCUGGAGGGCCAGCCGACGGACCCGGACGUGCGCAAGAACUGGCCGUGGUGGAAGGUCAGGAAGUGGGCGCUGCACAUCGUCAACCGCCUCUUCAGCAGGUUCGGCGACCCCAAGUACGUGAAGGAGAGCCAGGUCCAGUUUGCGCGCAACUUCUCGCGCCACUGCGCCACCAAGUUCCUCCACUCCUACCUCAACGUCCUCGCCAUCGUGCGCGAGGGCGGUUAUCUCCCUGACCGCGUGGUUAACCUAGCGCUCUCUUACUUAACCACGGCGAUCCCCAAGAAGGAGCCGUACCAGGCGAUGAAAGCGCACAUGGACGUGAUCCUGUUUCAGAUUAUCUUCCCGCUGAUGUGCUUCAGUCAGCAAGACGAGGAGCUCUGGCAGGAGGACCCGCACGAGUACGUCAGGAAAGGAUACGACAUCAUCGAGGACAUGUACAGCCCCCGUACGGCGGCCAUCAACUUCGUGACGGAGCUCGUCCGAAAACGAGGCGCCGACAAUCUGCCCAAGUUUAUCACCUUCAUCGUCAACAUCUUCACCAGGUACACGGAGGCCCCCCCGGAGCAGAAGCCGUUCCGCGAGAAGGACGGCGCGCUGUUGGCGAUUGGCGCGCUGGCGGAUCGGCUGAAGCAGCAGGAGCCGUACAAGAGCGCGCUGGAGCAGAUGCUGCUGGAACACGUCCUGCCAGACUUUCAAAAUAGUCACGGCCACCUUCGGGCCAAGGCGGCGUGGGUGGCGGGGCAAUAUGCGGACAUCGACUACAAGAACGUGCAAAACUUCAACGCGCAGCUGCAAUGCAUUGUCAACUGCUUGCGAGACCCGGACCUGCCCGUGCGCGUCGACGCUGUCGUUUCGCUCAGGAGCUUCGUGGAGGCCAUUGAAGAUCUCAACCUGCUGCGGCCUAUCUUGCCGCAACUGUUGGACGAGUUCUUCAAGCUCAUGAACGAGGUCGAGAACGAGGACCUCGUGUUCACGCUGGAGACGAUCGUCGACAAGUUCGGGGAGGAGAUGGCGCCCUUUGCGCUUGGCCUCGUGCAAAACCUGGCCGCCGCGUUUUGGAAGUUCGUGAAGGCUGACGAGGACAACGAGGAGGAGGACAUGGGCGCGCUCGCGGCGGUGGGGUGCCUGCGCGCGAUCAGCACCAUCCUGGAGUCCAUCAGCAGCCUGCCGCACCUCUACCCGCAGCUGGAGCCAAUUCUGCUGCCCAUCCUCAAACAAAUGCUCACCUCCGACGGACAAGACGUAUACGAAGAGAUCAUGGAGAUUCUGUCCUACGUCACCUACUUCUCCCCGUCCAUCUCCCCCCAAAUCUGGGCCCUCUGGCCGCUGCUCAUCGAGUCGUUGCGCGAGUGGGCGGUGGACUACUUCGAAAACAUGCUGGUGCCGCUCGACAACUUCAUCUCGCGCGGUACCGACCACUUCCUGACAGCGGAGGAGAACUACCCGAAAAGCGUGUACGACCUCGUAGAAGAGAUGCUGAACAACAAGGACCUGCGGGAGCCCGAUCUAGUUGCCGCGCCCAAGCUGUUCGAGAGCGUGUUGCAAAACUGCCGGGGCCGCGUCGACGCCUGGGUCGAACAGUACGUAAAGCUUGCGCUCACGCGAUACAAGACAGCGACCAACAACUAUCUGAAAACGUUGCUGAUCAGCGUGGCGGCCAAUGCGCUGUACUACAACCCGGUGCUGUGUUUGCAAGCGCUCGAGCGGCUGGGCGCGACGGGGGAGUUCUUUAGAACCUGGUUCGCGAUGCUGUACGAGGCGGGCAAGAAGAAGGACUCAUUUCUGCACUUUAGGAGGGAGCACGACAAAAAGGUAGCGGCCUUAGGCCUGACCUCCCUGCUGCUAGUGCCGGAGAACCUGUUGCCAGCGGACCUCCAACCCGGCAUGGGCCAGGUCGUCAAAGGCCUGCUGCGAGUACUCGCAGCGUACAAGGAGCAACGAGACGAGAACAUCAAGGCUGCGGAAGAGGCUGAGGAUGACGUGGACGAUGACGACAGCGAGGGCUUCGAGGCGGAGGAACUAGGGGAGGGAGGCGAGGACGGCGCGGAAAUUGCGCCUGUCUCGUUGUCUGACAUGCCAUCCCGGCAACGAAAGUUCUUCCGCGAUUCGGACGAUGAGGAGGAUUCGGACGACGACGAUUGGCUGGACGAGGACGAGGAGUACGUGUCGCCCAUCGACGACGUCGAUGCGUUCAUCUUCUUUGCGGACGCCAUGAAAAAUCUGUCCUCGAGCAAUCCCCAACGAUUCCAGCAGCUCACGGGUGCCCUAGACUUUACGGACCAAGCCAAAGCCCACGGCCUGGCACAAUACGCGGACGUCCGGCGGCAAGAGUUUGCGAAAGAGCAGGAAGAGAAAGCGAAGGACGAGGAAGAGCGACGGCAAAAAGCACAAGCGGCCCGAUAGUAGCUCGCGUGCCUCUUCUAGGUUAAGCAUUAAUGGGGGGAUACUAGGUUCAUAUUGUUUCUUCAGGCGUCAGUCAUCGGGAGCCCCGAUUAUAGAGCUCGCUGGUCGAGUCCGAUUCUUAACCAAUACGAGGUGAGGGACAGACAUUGCGGUCAGAGUUAUAAGCCUGAUUAGCCAUGUUGAGAUCAUUGGCAGACAUUGCCGCUCCUUCGGAGGGAUACGUAUCAAAGGUCGUUGAUUUUAGGUCGUAUAUCAUGUGUCAGCUCUGAUCAGAUCCUGCAGAGAUUGGGUUCGUUCUCACACUACAAUAGUGACUACUGAUUGCAAUGUCGUUGCAUACUAAUCUCAGUUAGUCACGU